GAGAGAAAAGGCGACAAUGUAAGACUCUUCAGCUACGACUUUUUGUUGCACUGAAGAGACACAGAGAAGAGAACGCGAAGAAGACUUGCUGGACGGCGUCAAAAACGCGUACCUCUGCAUAAUUGAGCAGUUAGGGGAUUCAUAUAAAAUGUAGAUUUUGGCAGAUAGGAAGAGGAAAGCAGCGGCAGCAGAGCCCAUUGUUUGAUUCUACCAUUCAGAUCCGAUUGAGUUAAUUUGACGCCGGAUUUGGCGGAUCAGCUUUGUAGAUCAAUCUCUCUGUAAAUUCUAGCGGAGAAGAGAGAGGAAGAGAGUGGGAGGCCCGAUGGAAACAGCUAAUAAUGGAGCUAAGAGCAAGCGGAGCCUGGUGAAAACCAACGGCUCGGCGUCGCCAUCUUUCCGGCUCCGCUGCCCGAGCCUCAACUCCAUCCGACUCCGCCGCACGUUCGAUCUCUUCGACAAGAACGGGGACGGCGUCAUCACCGUGGAGGAGCUAGGCCACGCGCUGAACGUUCUCGGCCUGGAUGCCGAGGUCUCGGAGCUGGAUUCCAUGGUGAGUUCGCACAUAACACCGGGAAAAGCGGGGCUUCAGUUCGAGGACUUCGAAUCGCUGCACAGAUCGCUGAACGACGUGUUCUUCGGGAUCGGCGACAAUGUGUUGGAGGAAAGCGAGGAGGAGAUGGGGAAAGCGUGCCAGGACGAGACAGAGCUGUCGGAGGCGUUCAAGGUGUUCGACGAGAACGGCGACGGGUACAUAUCGGCGAGGGAGUUGCAGGCGGUGCUCGUAAAGCUUGGAUUGGCGGAAGGACAAGAGAUCAGCAGAGUGGAGAAGAUGAUCUCAUCGGUGGAUCGCAACCAGGACGGCCGCGUCGAUUUCUUCGAGUUCAAGGACAUGAUGCGCAGCAUCACCGUUCGCAGCGCUUGAGAUUAGGGUUUUAGGUUUCCACGAUCUGUUUGACACCUCCCCCCCCCGCUCUCUCUGUCUCUCUCUCUCCCCUGUGAUUGGGUGCAAAUUCUGUUUAAGCUUCCAUUAAUCUUUUGUGGUCUCAAGCCAUAUUUUCGGGACUUUCUUAUUAUAAUCAUCAUUGUCUAUAUAAAUGUUUCACGUAUUUGUAUUUAAUAUAUUUUAUUUUUGAAUAAAUUGUAAUAAUUAUAUAUUAUUUUUAA